GUCCGUUCGCCGUUUAGUUGCUCUACUAGCUGAGGUUUUAAGAUCUAGCAGAGACUGUGUGGUGUUGAGUUCAAAUAUCGCAUUGCCGUCGUCGUUGUCGAAAAGCCGAAGCCCCGUGUGUGCGCCCGGGUGGUGAAGUUUUCAAGUGUGUGGAGCCGAGAUCGAUCGACGCUGCCGCUGACUGGAUUACUCUUGAAGUGUCUCUCUAGCGAGCAAGUUGCCUUUUCCCGAGCCGCCCUCUCGGUUGGAGAAGAAACGGAAAUCAAUAUUGUUGGCUCCCCGUCUCCAAAGGUUAUUUAAUUUGUCCAGCAGUCACACCCGUAACAAAUACUCAAAACUCGCCUACACACCCCCACCUGAAACCCACACACUCACAAACACACAAUGAAGAACCUACGCCUGGUGGUGACAGCCGUGAUAGCGUGCAGUGCGCUGGCCGUGCUGGCCGUCCCGGUGCCGGAACCAAAUACCGACAUCGAACUGAUGAAAAUUCCGCUGGAGGGAGAUCAGGAACUAGACGUCAUCACACUGGUCGACUCCGGUGACCAGAAAAUCAACGAACGCAACAAGCGAACGAUCGGCAUCCUCCGGGAGCUGUUCCCAACUAUCUCGCAGAUUCUGGAUCAGAAAAUCCAGAUGAUCACGUCCUAUUUGUUCCGCACCAUUGGACCGAUCCUACUCCGCAGCGGUCUGGGUGGCGGCGCUGGCGGCGGUGCCAGCAAUCGCGGAACCACCGACGAUGAUUUCGACGCUGAUUUUGAUGAUGAUGAUGAUGAUGAUGAUAAAGCCGACAGCGAAAAGAACGACUCCAGCGACGGUGGACGCAAAGUGAGCAUUUCGCUGCCCACGUUCCCACCGAGCAACGACGGCGACGACGACGAUGAGAAGGCCGUUUCCAGUACCGACUCCAGUUCUACCACAUCGGAUGAAAACGAAAUUCGCAAACGGGCAGCCGCUCUGACGGCAACACUGCCAAGUGCUAUCAGCUCGGGAACUUCCUCCUCUUCUUCAUCGUUGUCGUCGUCGUCGUCGUUAUCAAGCAGCGAUCCCACGACUACGGCACUUUCCGCCGAUACGGCUGCACCUAGCACCAUCACUAGCAACGGAAGUGGCAGCAGCAGUGCUGAACUGACGACCACACAGAAUGCACAAGACAGCACCGAUUUCAACUUGAUAACCUCCACCCAGGACCUGAACACGCUGGAAUCGCUGGAUUUGGCCGGACUGAGUGACACCCUGAAUGCGAUCCGUAAGGCGCGUGCCACCGAUCAGGACAUCAAAUCCGUGGGGGAAAACGACGAAGCCAGUGACGCCUCGGCCAAGAGCUCUGCCCUAGACGAACUCUCGCUGGACUCCGAAGGCAACGACGAGGAUCGUAACAAAAGAUUUCUAUUUGGCGGUUCCUCGGGCGGAGCCGGCGGUUCCGGUAACUUCCUCUUCGACAUCAUCCGUCAAACGGCCGAUCGAGCCGCACGUGCUGCCGGAACCGUGUACCGUGUCGUCGCUGGCACCGAGUCACUGACCACCGACAACAAGAACCACAACAACAACAACAACAACAACAAGAACGACGAAGGACGACUUUCCACCAUCACCACUAGCCACUCUUCCUUCUCUUCUAGCCAUUCUGCGCUCGUCUCGGGUAGCUCCGGUACCGAGCAGGGUGACGAAAAGGCCAACUCCCCCGAAGACCACGACCACGAGCUGGGCAAGGGCGAUGGUUACACCGAGGGCAUUCCCGGACCAGUGACCCGUCUGUUCGUACUCGCCAACCGUGGCCUGUCCAACCUGAUUCAAGAUUUGAUUCUGCGAAUCGCACAAACCAGCGAACGAGUGGUUAACUUCAAAGCACGUCUGAUUACGUCACUCAUCUAAGGUUGCAGAUCCUCCUCAUCAACCCAUCCCCUGAGUGCCCAUCUUCAUGCGAGCUCCCCCACAUAUCUAGGUUUCCUUAUUAUCACGUAGUUCUUAACAGAAAACGAAAAUCUACACCUCAAACUCAAUUUAGAAAAAAAAACCUCUCAGUAGACCCAUUUCUAUCUCAUAAACUAUUCUUCCUAAUCUAAGGCAGUCGGAGUCUUGGGAGAGGCCUACGCCCCUCGUUCAUUAACCAUCCUCCACAUUGCCCCAAAUCAAAAGAAAAGCAAAACACGAAAGCACUCGCAAUGUUGUAAAUACAAGACUUGAGUCCCAGUAGUUAGAGCCCCCCAGAAGGGACGUCGACCCAAACAAAAAAAAAAUCACAUUCCAACUCGGAGGGAGUGGCAGACUUCGCAACCGAAUCCCAAGACUCCGCGACCGCCAAGCAAAAGACGAGGGUGUGUGUACUAGCUCAAAACUGUUGUUGUGUAACUGUAUAUUCAAAAUAACACUGAAACGAGACAAAUUUUAUAAGGCUGGAAAAGGAUACUUGUGUUUUGAUCUUAUGUUAGCUUGUAGGUGUAUUAUUCUAUGCAUGGAAACUGGUUUCCGUCACUCAUUUCCUCUCUCAAAACAAAAAACCUUUUUUUUUUCUAAAAAAAACCUACUUUACCGACCUCGACGAAACUAACCUCAACGUCACGCGUCAGGUCUAUCUUCCUAACGAACUCGAUUGCUCAAUUUUAUCUUUAUCUCUGUUGUUUUCUAGUGCCUCUUCAUUAGGUUAGGCUUCGACCCAUUGUCAUUCUUUUUCUAAAACGCAGCUGUCACAUCUGCUCCUUUUCUCUCAAAUAAUUCAUUUUAACUGUAAAUACAAUAUCCCGAUAACAAAACUUUUUCCCCUUUGUGCAUGAUUGAGAGAGAGAAUGUAAAAAAUCUAAACUUCACUUCUUCUACAUUAAAAUAAAAAAACACUCUAUGUUAAGGUAAGGGAGCUAGGUUGAACAAGAGGAACAAGAGCGCUCCAAUUUCCAUUUCCUACCAAACUCUGUCUGGAAAUCUUUUGUAAAUAGAUUUAAACGAAAAUUUCCCCGCUUUAAGCUUCUUUUACAUUUUUAUUUUUU